GUUCAUUGUGUUUGUAUUGUUCUUCCUGCAGACAGUGAAAACUGCAUGAAAUGUCCUCAUGAUGAAUGGCCAAAUGAGAAGAAUGAUCGGUGUGUUCCAAGAGUGGUGGAAUUUCUCUCCUAUACUGAUGAUCCCAUUGUUGGAGUAUUUUCAGCUGUCUCCAUCCUCUGUUGUCUUCUGACUGGUUUAAUAUUGGGGAUAUUUAUACAUUACCGGGACACCCCCAUUGUUAAAGCCAAUAACCGGGACCUGAGCUAUCUUCUCCUCGUCUCCAUCAUGCUGAGCUUCUUCUGUGUCUUCUUGUUCCUCGGCCAUCCAGUAGACGUGACCUGCAUGCUGCGUGUCACCUCUUUUGGUGUCAUCUUCUCAGUUGCCGUCUCUUCUCUACUUGCCAAAAGUAUCAUGGUGUGUAUUGCUUUUAAAGCCACCAAACCUGGGAGUCCCUGGAGGAAAUGGAUGGGAGCCAAACUGUCCAAUUUUAUCAUUUGUGUCUUCUCAUUGGUUCAAGUCAUAAUCUGUGUUACUUGGUUGUCUAUUUCUCCCCCCUUCCAGGAUCGGGACACUCACUCUUAUCAGGGGAAGAUCAUCAUUCAGUGUAAUGAGGGUUCAGUUAUCGGCUUCUACUCUGUCCUGGGAUAUAUGGGGCUUCUGGCAGCUGUGAGUUUCAUUAUCGCUUUUUUAGCCAGGACAUUACCGGACAGUUUUAAUGAGGCCAAGUACAUCACCUUCAGUAUGCUGGUGUUCUGCAGUGUCUGGAUUGCCAUGAUCCCGGCCUAUCUGAGCACCAGAGGGAAAUACAUGGUGGCUGUGGAGGUUUUUGCUAUAAUGGCCUCAAGUUCUGGACUUCUUGGCUGUAUAUUUUUCCCAAAAUGUUACAUAAUUCUCUUCAGACCUGACCUGAAUACAAAAGCAGCUAUCCACUAAUAUUUAUGGAUCACCAUUUGGUUCCCAGUAGUUAUAGCAUUAUCUCUAUUGUUGUUAAAUCUAAUAUGUUGUUAGUGUAUUGAGAAUGAACACUGCUAUACUGUAUAUGAAUAAAUUCAUACUUACCUUUCUGGUGGACGGUGAGUUACAUUUUUGCUCUGGACACCACUGGUAUCAGACAAUUUGGGUUUGUUGGAAAGCUUGUCCCCUGCUGGGUGUAGUAGUUCACCCCACCAACCGUUCCAUUAAUACAGAAUAAUGUAGCCACUUAGUGAGGAGGAACCACAGUGACCAGAGGAGGACAAAGUAUCCAAAACAUCCUAAAGUGUCCGAUACCAGAGACACCCAUCACUCUUCCAGAGAGGGAAGAUUUCACUCACCACCUUCCCGGAUGAUAAAUAUUAAAUAUGUUAUUUUAUAA